GAUGAUGCCAUAAAUUCAUCCGAAUGUCUUCCACAUAAGGAAAAAGACUGUGCAAGUUAUUAAUACACUUGGUUAUAACAAUUUUUUAUCAUGUGGUGGUUUACAUGUAUGAGCCGUUGCCUUGAUUUUUUAUUGCUAAACUUUUUUGUUAUUGCAUCGGAAAUAGAUAUCGACUUUGCAAAAUUAAUAGAAAAUACAAGCCAGUUAAAUAAAGACAAUUAUAGCACAGAUACUCUAUUUAGCUAUGAAAACGAGUAUGUUCGACUAAAUCCAUAUUUUAAGCGAGUUGUAAAUGAAGAACAAGUUUUAAAUGCAUAUGGGCAAGAAACGAUUUCGGUAAGCUUUUCCGGUGAUAUUAUUCUAGGUGGAUUAUUUCCAAUACAUGAGAAAGGAGAAGGAGCACCAUGUGGUCGUAAAAUAUAUAACCGUGGAGUUCAUCGAUUGGAAGCAAUGUUAUAUGCCGUUGAUCGGGUAAAUAAUGAUACCAGUCUGCUACCUGGUAUCACUAUCGGCGUACAUAUAUUAGACACUUGUUCACGAGAUACUUAUGCACUUAAUCAGUCAUUACAAUUUGUGAGGGCGUCUUUAAACAAUUUAGAUACAUCGGCAUUUGAGUGUCCUGAUGAAAGUACUCCACGAAUGCGUAAAAACGCUUCAUCGGGUCCAGUAUUUGGAGUUAUUGGGGGGUCAUACAGUUCAGUAUCAAUGCAAGUAGCAAAUUUAUUACGGCUGUUUCAUAUACCCCAAAUAUCGCCCGCAUCCACCGCAAAGACUUUAUCUGAUAAAACUCGAUUUGAUUUGUUUGCACGUACUGUUCCUCCAGACACUUUUCAAUCGGUUGCACUUGUGGAUAUAAUUAAAUGCUUUAAUUGGUCGUAUAUUUCAACGGUGCAUUCAGAAGGUUCAUAUGGUGAAUAUGGAAUUGAGGCAUUUCACAAAGAAGCUUCUGAAAGAAAUGUUUGCAUUGCAGUUGCAGAAAAAGUACCUAGUAAUGCAGAUGAAAAAGUAUUUGACGCCAUUUUAUAUAAGCUUCAAAAGAAGCCGAAUGCGCGAGGAGUAGUAUUAUUCACAAGAGCAGAAGAUGCUCGCAGUAUACUAAUGGCAGCUAAACGAGCAAAUCUAACUCGUCCAUUUCACUGGAUUGCUAGUGAUGGCUGGGGUAAACAGCAGAAAUUACUCGAUGGAUUAGAAGAUAUUGCUGAAGGAUCCAUAACUGUUGAAUUGCAAUCAGAACUAAUAGAAGAUUUCGAUAAUUAUAUGCAUAAAUUGACACCAUACACAAAUCAACGUAACCCAUGGUUUCGUGAAUACUGGGAAGAAAUAUUUAACUGUGCUUUGAGAAAAACUGCAACACCUUCAGCUAAUAACUCAAAUAAUCUCGACAAAUUUCCGCAAUCAUUUGACAAAGCACUGCAAAACGAAAAGCCAGUGUGUAUGGAAGGUUAUAAAUUAUCAGAAAAAUAUGGUUAUGAACAGGAAUCAAAAACACAGUUCGUUAUAGAUGCUGUUUAUGCUUUUGCGCAUGCUCUACACAAACUUCAUAGUGAUUUGUGCUCAUCAGUUAAAAAUCAGCUUAACGAUAGUAUGCGUCUUCCCAAACACCAUCAAAACAAAUCCGUAUGGAAUCGUAGCAGCCAAACCCUUGCUUGUCCGGAAAUGAUAAACUACGAUGGCAAAGAUUUUUAUGACAACUACUUGCUAAAUGUCUCAUUUAUCGGUAAAAUUAACUUUUUUACUUAUAUAAUAAAUUUUAGUGUUGCAGUUUUUCACAUUCGUAAAACGAUUGUUUAUAAAUUAUUCGCUUUAAAUUUUUUACACUAUUUUAAUGUUCGCCUACCUGCUAUUUGUAUUUGUUAUAAUAAAUUUGUGUACAAUAUUUCAUCUUCGGUUUUUAUAAUCAUUGUACAUAAUCUGUUUAUGGAACAACAGUUGGAUGGAAAAUAA